CCUCGUCUCCCCUCCCCUCCCCGCAGACCCUCCUCCCCACGGACCCCUCCGCCCGGCUCCCCUCUCCGCAGGCCCCUCCCCGCCCCGCAUCCCCUCCGGGUGCCCGAGCGGGCGGGCGCGGGCUCGGCCUGGGGCGCUGCGGGCGGGAGCGGCCGAGCGCCGCCCCGGGCCGGGCGGCGGCUGCGGAGCGGGUCCAUGGCCCGGGCGGCGGCGGCAUGCGGCUGCUGUUCCUGGCGGUGCUGCGGCCGCACACCGGCAACGCGGUGACGGCCGAGCGUGUCCGGGACCAUCUGGAAGCCGCUGGACACGAGUGCCUUCUGAAAGAUGCCUUCGACUUUGAAAGCCCCUCUGAAAUCGCAGACCUCAUUGCGGCUGAGAACUUGGAGGCAGCCCUGGCUCUUCACCUCUACAGGGGAGGCAGACUUUUGCAAGGUCAUCGGAUCCCUUUUGGGAUCAUCUUCGGUGGAACAGAUUUAAAUGAGGAUGCCAACCACAGGGAAAAGAAGGAAGUGAUGGGAAGAGUCCUCGAGGAAGCCAGAUUUGCUGUCGCCUUCACGGAGUCGAUGAGGGAGAUGGCGCAGACACAGUGGCCACACGCGAAGGGUAAGAUCUACGUCCAAAGUCAAGGAAUUGCAACGUCACCAAAUGUCGCCUUUAACUGGGACACCUUUCUUCAGCGCUCAGAGAUCAGCCAAGGUGCGGACGAUUUGCACGUGUUCCUCCUGGUCUGUGGGCUUAGGCAAGUCAAAGACCCGCUCUACCUGCUGGACGCCUUUUCAGAAUGGCAUCAAGAAGAACCCAAUGUUUACCUGGUAAUCGUAGGUCCUGAAGUCGAUCCAGUGUUCACCAGGGAAGUCAAAGCCAGAGUGAAGAGGGCCGCUGGGGUCCGGCUGAUGGGGGAGAUGCGGCGGGAGGACCUGCACGCCGCCUUAAAGAACUGCUUCGCUCUGGUGAACAGCUCUGUCUCCGAGGGCAUGUCGGCCGCGAUUCUGGAGGCCAUGGAUCUGGAGGUUCCGGUGCUGGCCAGGAACAUCCCCGGGAAUGCCGCCCUGGUGAAGCACGGAGUCACGGGGCUGCUCUUCGCCGAUCCCCAGGAGUUUGUUCAACUGGCAAAGCGGCUCAUCCGGGACCCUGCGCUGGAGCGAGACAUGGUGGCCCAGGGGCGGGAGUACGUGAGGAGGCACAACUCCUGGAAGGUGGAGAGGGAGACCUACCAGCAGCUCGUGGGGAAGCUGGGGGGGUGUGCGGAGUACUGAGGGGCCAGCUCCGCGCCCCCCGCGCCCGCCCUGCUCCUCGGUCCACGCCCCUGGCGGGCACCCAGCAGGCCGGCCAGGACCGCUUGGCCUUCUCUUGGACCUGCAGGGACCCCCGUGACCCCACGCCCACCCCUGUCCUCAUGUGCCGUGGAGGCUGCCCAGGCACAUCUACCUGGGUCGGCUGCUGGAGGUGCCAGGCGGGGCCUUCCGGAACUGUUGGGGGGACUCCAUCAGCAGUUCUAGGACUUCCUCGCGGAUGGCGGAGGCCUCCUCCGAGGUGCUCACGGUGCAGACCCCUAGCGCAUCCCGGCCCUGACAGGCCCGUGGGGCCCGGCCACAGCCACCUGCGUCCGGCUGCUGGAGAGCCCUGCGGGAUCUGCACCUCCCACCCCUCGAGACUGGUGCAGUCGAAAGGCCAGCUGUGCGUAGACGAGGCCCGGCUGCCCUCCAGGCCCUGUCCACCUCUCCUGCUGCCCAGACAUGGCCUGGAGGAUACCUGGGUGGCCCUGAGCUGGAGGCCUCUGGGUCCAGUUGGGGCCGUCCUUCCCCUCCCAGCAUCAGGGAGCCGGGGCUGAGUCUCCAAUGGGUCGGGGACUGUGGGACAGCACGAGGGCACAGCAGGCUCUGCCCAGUGGUCAUCGUAACGGGGGCCUCCCUGUGUCAGCUCACCCUCCCUGAAGUCGGCUCCAUGACCUCGGCUGCCGUGUCUGCUGGGAGGACCUCCGCUGAGCACUGACCUCGCUGCAGCCUGUCUGACGUCCCUGACCGUCAACGGGGCCAACUGUCCCUGGGCCCCGCGAGAGUCAGAAGCUGGCACCUUGAGGAGGGGACGGAGGACCGUGGCCGGACGCUCUCCUGGAAAGCGUCUGGCGAGGAGCCCACCUGGGCUCUGGAGGGAGGUGGAGUGGCGGGACCAGCCCUGCAGCUUCCCGUCCCAGGCACAGCUUGGGCGCCUGCUUCCCACCACCGUGUCCUUAAGAAAGGCGCAGCCAGCAUCCCGUCCUCAGGAGGAGCAGCCUCGCCCCGUCCUGGGGAGGACAGCGGCCCGCUUUGAUUCCCUACGGUGUCAUUUGCCCUUUCGCCCUGCAGCUGGGUCACAGAGAGCUGCUCUCCAGGGAGGCCGUGGCGGAGAGAGCGGUGCCUGCUCCUCUGGCUCCUCCUCAGGAGGUGGCCAAGCAUGGCCCUUUUCCCUGGACCCCGCGCAGGUACCAGGAGGGAGGGAGGGCCAGGCCUGAGCCCUGAGCCUGGGGGUAGCAGUGCCGCCCUAAGGAGAGGCACGGCUGGGGCACGUCGCUCAGCUACCGUCCCACGGUGCUGCUGUUCAUCAAGCACCGACCGUCCCGAAGCGCCCAUCUCCUCCUCCCCGAGCGACCUGGAGGGUGCCUGGCCUCCGCCGGGCCAUCACCGCUAAGCUACGUCUUGCCCACACACUGUGGGGAAGGGCAGGCUUCAAGUUAAUAAAGUGUCAGCAUCUGCGGUACAAAAAUAGUCACCGUCUAUUCUUCUCGUGAGCGGCCUUCUGCCAGGAACGGGUCCCCCGGCCCCAACCCCUGCACCUUCACAGGGAGCGCUGACACCCCCACAGCUAAUCAGGAGGAGUUGGAAAUGCUGCCACGUUCUUACACCACGCCCUGUCCGUCAGCUUUCCACCACUGUAAUAAACGCCCAAGCGGACAACGUUACAGAGAGGAGAGGUUUAUUUCGGUCACAGUCUCGGAGGUUCCGGUCCAGGAUGUGUCGGCCCCAUCCCUUAGGGCCUGUGGCAGGGAGGCAGAGCAUGGCAGGAGUAUGUGCUACAGCAAACCCCUGGCCUCAUGUUUGGGAAGUGAAAGACAAAGAGGAAGAGGCCAGGGUCCCACCAUCCCUCAGGAGCUUGCCACCACUGACAGAAAGCCUUCCUCUAGGCCCCCCACCUUAAAGUUUCCACAACCUCCCAAUAUGGCCAAGCUGGGGACCAAGUCUUUACCGCAUGGGGGACUUUAAGUUCUAGACUGCGGCAGGAAGGAUCAAUGUAAAAGCAGCACUUCUCAAUAAGAGUCCUGGAUAGUUUUGGUCUCAUUCUCUGUUCACUUUAUUGCUCAGACAUUUUGUGUAUGUUUUAUUUUGCUCAUGUAUAUGUUUGAUUGACUCAAAGGAUAAAUUUUCAGAUGUAACUGAGACAGUAUCUCCUUUAAAUAUGGAGGGAAAACACUUCCAUGUCAGUAUUAAUGAUGCUGAUGACCUUGCGACAGAGCAGAGAGGCCCUGCUGACUGUGGCCUCGGAGUUCGCAAGGCCAGGGUAUGCACACGGCUUCCCCUUGAACUCUCUCUUCAUACCCUCCCUGACUCUCACAGGGAGGUGGUGUCUUGGUCAGCUUUUGUUGCUGUGACCAAUAUGCCCAAGAAGAACAACCUAGAGGAGGAAAAGUUUAUUUGGGCUCAUGGUUUCAGAGGUUCAGUCUAUGGUC